AUGUGUCAAAUUUUAUAUCUUGAAAAGCUUAAGCUCGGUGAAAGAGGAUCUGGUAUUAGGUCAAAAGGUCAAGUUCAAGAUUUUUACGAAUUGCGAGAUGAAUGCCUUCAAAGUGGAACCCUUUUCGAGGAUCCCGAUUUUCCCUGCGAGGAUUCAUCGAUAUUUUUCUCAAGCAGACCCAGGAUGAGAUUCGAAUGGAAAAGACCCAUGGAAAUUAUUGACGAUCCUCAACUUUUCGUCGAAGGCGUGUCCCGUUUUGAUGUUCAACAAGGAGAAUUAGGUGAUUGUUGGCUUUUAGCUGCCGUUGCCAAUUUGACUCUUCAUCAGAGUUUAUUUUAUCAAAUAGUGCCAGCCGAUCAAGAUUUCGAAGAAGAUUACAUUGGUAUAUUUCACUUCCGAUUUUGGCAAUAUGGUAAAUGGGUUGAUGUUGUUAUCGAUGACCGUCUUCCUACUGUAAAUGGCAAAUUGGUCUUCCUUCAUUCAUCUCAACCCAAUGAAUUUUGGAGUGCUCUUUUGGAAAAAGCAUACGCAAAACUUCACGGGUCAUAUGAAGCACUCAAAGGUGGUAGCACGUGUGAAGCCAUGGAGGAUUUCACGGGAGGAGUUACGGAAAUGUACGAUUUGAACGAAAACGCUCCACCGAAUUUAUUCAAAAUGAUGAUGAAAGCUUACGAAAGAAGUUCUUUGAUGGGUUGUUCCAUCGAACCCGAUCCUAACAUUCUCGAAGCACAAACUCCUCAGGGAUUGGUCAAAGGUCACGCUUACACCGACAUAACGACUCCAAAUAUGAGCGGUAAAAUACCAUUGAUUCGAUUGAGGAAUCCUUGGGGAAACGACACGGAAUGGAACGGACCUUGGAGUGAUCGAUCUCCCGAAUGGAGGUUUAUACCUGAACACGUGAAAGAAGAAAUAGGUUUAACGUUCGAUCAAGAUGGAGAAUUUUGGAUGUGUUUUAAAGAUUUCAUGCAUUAUUUUGAUCGUUUGGAAAUUUGUAAUUUAAAUCCUGAUUCUCUGACAGAAGAAGAACAAAUUGGAAAGAAAAAAUGGGACGUGAGCGUUUUCGAAGGGGAAUGGGUGAGGGGUGUCACUGCCGGAGGUUGUAGAAAUCAUUUACAAACAUUUCAUCACAAUCCUCAAUAUCGUAUCACUCUAACAGAUGCCGACGAGGACGACGAAGAAAACAAAUGUACUCUUAUUGUAGCUUUAAUGCAGAAAAAUAGAAGAUCCCAAAGGAACAUGGGUGUCGAGUGCCUUACAAUAGGAUUUGCCAUUUACAAAUUAGAUGAUCCAGAUCGCCUUCCGAAACCGUUAAACCUGGAUUUUUUCAAAUACAACGCUUCGUGCGCUAGGUCUCCAUCAUUUAUAAAUUUAAGAGAAGUGAGUUGCAGGUUUAGUUUAUCACCCGGAGUCUACUGUAUAAUUCCAUCAACGUUUGAUCCGAACGAAGAAGGAGAAUUUAUACUUCGUGUAUUCUCCGAAAACAAAACAUACAUGGAGCAAGUUUCUUUUUUUAUUAUCAUUAUCAUUUUAGACGAAAGAGUAAUAGAACCAACGGUUCCAGAAAAUAGAGACGAACAAAGGGAAAAAGACGAAAGGAUUCGUCAAUUUUUCUCGAAACUCGCUGGAGAAGAUAAUGAAAUCGACUGGAGAGAAUUACAAGAAAUUCUUAAUUAUGCCAUGAGGGAAGUGAUCCAAGCAUCACUCAAUUGUUUGCAACGGGUAAGCUCUUUUUCCAACUCCAAAUUUUUAUCCAUGGAUCCUCACUUCUCGAACUCUCGAAGUCAAAACAAAUCGACUCUCGAUGGAUUUUCACGUGACGUUUGUCGUAGUAUGAUCGCCAUGUUGGACGUCGAUAGAUCUGGAAAAUUAGGUUUCGAAGAAUUUAAAUCCCUUUGGACGGACAUAAGAAACUGGAAGGCCGUUUUUAAAUUAUACGACAAACAAAAUACGGGACAGUUGAGCGCUUUCGAACUUAGAGAAGCAUUAAAUUCCGCCGGAUAUAGAUUGAACAAUCACAUAUUAAACGUUUUGGUUCAUAGAUACGGAACGAAAGAAGGUUCCAUAACGUUCGAUGAUUUUAUGAUGUGUGCCGUUAAAUUAAAAUCAAUGAUAGAUUUGUUUAAGGAAAAGGAUCCGGAUAAUACGAAUCACGUGACUUUUUCACUCGAAGAAUGGAUCGAAAGAACUCUAUACUCAUAG